AUGAAUGCAUCUCUUAGCGACAAGACACAUGACCUGUUUAGAAAAAAGGGGAAAGAACGGGGCUCAUACGAGGACAACGGUCCAAUAGGCAUAACAGUAAGUAGGUCGACUAGCCCUCGUAUUUUGACACCGGUCCUCACUUUUUAUCGCCACCUUCCAUUUUCGAGCAGGCCAUACUGCUUUCGAGCAGUAUGCCUGAUUCAUUCGCUGUCUUAG